GGGGUGCUGCUAGGGUUGCCCCCGCCCCGCAGGCUCAGCCCGGCACCCGGGGGCGGGGUGGGCGGUGCUGUCCCGGUCCCCGUGGGGAGUGGCGGGCUGCCCGCUUCUUGGCCCCGCUGUGACAGGCCGGUGCCUCGGCGGCACGUAGCAGGGGCCGGCCACACGGCCGGCGGAGCUCUAGCUCCCAGGUCGCCCUGCCUCAGCGUGAAAUUCUGCCACUGUUUAGCUUAAGCAGCAGUUGUCACUUCUGUCUGCCUUCUCGCCUUGGGCGGCAGUGCCUGGCUCGGCAGUGGGAACGGACUGUUUUACUCCUGCUGUGUGCUUGGGAACAGAACAGGCAUAUUAACCUGCGUGCUGUACUUCUUCCAUCCUAGGGCUGUGAAAAGUUUAAACAUUUAAACGUCAUGUCUCAGGCUGUGCAGACAAAUGGGACUCAACCUUUAAGCAAAACAUGGGAACUCAGUUUGUACGAAUUGCAGAGGACACCCCAGGAAGCAAUAACUGAUGGCCUGGAAAUAGUGGUGUCACCUAGGAGCCUACACAGUGAACUAAUGUGUCCCAUUUGCUUGGAUAUGCUGAAAAACACCAUGACAACAAAAGAAUGCCUGCAUCGUUUCUGUGCUGACUGUAUCAUUACAGCCCUCAGGAGCGGAAACAAAGAGUGUCCUACUUGUCGUAAAAAGCUUGUUUCUAAAAGAUCUCUGAGACCAGACCCAAAUUUUGAUGCGCUCAUCAGUAAAAUUUACCCAAGUCGGGAUGAAUAUGAGGCCCAUCAAGAAAGAGUGUUAGCAAGGAUCAGCAAACAUAAUAAUCAGCAAGCUCUGAGCCACAGCAUUGAGGAAGGUCUAAAGAUUCAGGCCAUGAACAGGCUACAGAGAGGGAAGAAACAACAAAUCGAGAAUGGCAGUGGAGCAGAAGAUAAUGGUGACAGUUCACACUGCAGCAAUGCUUCAACACACAGCAAUCAAGAAGCAGGGCCUAGUAACAAAAGGACCAAAACAUCUGAUGAUUCUGGCCUAGAAUUGGACAAUAACAAUACAACUGUGGCAAUAGACCCAGUAAUGGAUGGUGCUAGUGAAAUCGAGCUAGUCUUCAGGCCCCACCCUACACUCAUGGAGAAUGAUGACAGUGCACAGACUAGGUAUAUAAAGACCUCAGGUAAUGCUACUGUUGAUCACUUGUCCAAGUACUUAGCUGUCAGAUUGGCCUUGGAGGAACUUCGCAGCAAAGGAGAGACAAAUCAGAUGAAUCUUGACACUGCCAGUGAGAAGCAGUACACCAUAUACAUUGCUACAGCCAAUGGCCAAUUCACGGUAUUAAAUGGUUCCUUUUCCUUGGAGCUUGUCAGUGAGAAGUACUGGAAGGUGAACAAACCCAUGGAACUCUACUACGCACCAACAAAGGAACAUAAAUAAGCUUUGCAAAAAGUCUUUGAGCUGGGACUCUUUUUAUAGCUAUGGUUUCUUAAUAUUAAGGAGGCACCACCAUUAUUUUAUGGACAAUAAGUGGGAUGUCUUCAGACUCCUUUAUGAACAUACUGUACUUAUUAAUAUGAUUAGACAGUGUUCUGGGUUUUAUUUUUAAUUUAAUUUUUUUCCAGGAGAUUGAAUGACCUUUUGUGAUUCAUUCCAUUGUUAAUGAUGUGCUUGCUUGUUUGUUUGUUCCCAAUGCAUGAUAUUGAAGCAGAAGUUCCUUUUGGAAUCUCUUAAUCUAGUCUAGGAAAGUCUGUAGGUCUGUUAAUAUCCUUGACACAAAGCAGCCCCUUCAAAGUAUUGAACGUUGGGAGGGGGUGUUCAAAAGGAAUCUAAACUAGUAGUAAAUAGUGGGGAGUAUGCUUUGAAUGUAGUGGUUUACUAAUCACUAUCGCUAUAAAAGAUGUUGGAGAAUUGAUGAUGAUAUUUCUAAGUAACAGUAUGCCACUUUUGGCUCUAAAGUAUUUACUAUCGUAAUCAUACCAUGGCAGCUGGGCAUGUUUGGUAAUUUAUUAACGUUCUUGUGAACCAAUAUGAAGACUUAGGGGAAGAAGUUCUGACACUUUAAGAAAAAAAAUCUUGUUGCUUAGUGGGAUUUAUACACUAGUAUUUUUUUUUUUAGUGCAAAGUGUUUUCCUGGACAGAACAUCCCAAUCUUUGUAUACAUUCUCAUUUCCAGUCUGGUUUCUGUGGCAGAAUUCUACUGUGCAUAUGAGCUUAACUGUGUAAUUGACAAUUCCUAAAUUCUGGUAUAUCCAAUAUAAUGACAGGUUUUACUGGGAAGAGACAUUCCUGUAUUCUCUUUUGGAAAUCUCCUAAUUAGCAGUAAAUCCUCUGUAUAAUUUCCAGUGUACUGGUGGUGUAAUGCACAAUGGUGGAGAGGAAGCUCUAUAAAAGAGUCAUUCCAGUCAUGAUCGAUAGCUGUGUUUCAGCUUUGAUAGGGAGAACUGCUUAAACCAUAAGCUGCUCUGAGUAUUCUUUUUUUUAUUUAGCCACAGCAUUAACAAAUGUGGCUUAGCACUUUUGGAAGAAAAUGUUAGUACUUGACAAGUUUACCACUUAGUGUCUUAGAUUAAAUGUUUAAAACUUGACAGUAAGCCACUGUGUAAGAUUUUUGCAGCUACUGUUUAUCUGCAUGUUAGGCCUCUGACAGAUAUUAAUUUAAAAGCACGACAGGAUAUGAUCUUAACAAUGCAGGCAUGGUUAGGAUAUGUGGUUUUUUUUGUUUGUUUGUUUGUUUUUUAAUUUAAUUUUUUUUUUUAAGGGAUCAGAUCUCAAUUGUGCCCUACUUAUAAGUGGAGGGGGAGCCUGGGAUCAUGAUCCAAGGUUUCCCCGUGGACUGGCAAGUUGAAAGCCAGGUGCCUGACAUUCUCCUGAUUGUUAGCUUGAUUGGGACCACACUGAGGCUUGAACUGGCCCCGGUGCUGUUCUGUCUAGCUGACAAUUGGCUGAUUAUUGGCUGGCAGGGACCACACAUGGGCCAGUUUGACCCCAAGGGAGUCCUAACCCUGCCACACAUUACAUUUAAGUGUGUUGAAAACCAGCCACAAAAAGUAUUACUUGUGUAAGAUUUUUGUGGCUAGCUUCCUUUUUUGUGGUGCCAUUAAGUGGCCAGGUUACAAUUUAAGAAGCAAUUAACAGGUUAAUCGCGUCUUAAGUAUAACAUCUGCCAGGAGCUUUGAACAGUGUUUCUUUUCCUGGCAUGAACCCUAUUUACACCUACUGGAAAUACUUUGCUAACAUUAAGGCAAACUCAGUACUAGGGGGAAGUAACAACAAUAAUAUUCUCUUUGGCUCUAAGGCUUAUCAAUGCAGCCUUCUUGUCUUUGUGGUUUAGAAUCUAGAAGGGAAAAGACUCUGCUCUAGUAGGUGAGGAGUGCUCUACUUCAACCAAGUGCGUAUUGUCCUUCCUUCAUGCCCUACUUGCAGUCAAGAUGAAUGAGCUUCUAGUGUUUGGGACAUUUAACUCUUUCAUAUCCUUUUGUUUUUCUUGGGAAGGAACAAACCUUCCGUUAUUUUGUCAGUCAAGUCUAACAUUUGUAAAUAUACAUCCAUUUGACUGCUUUUUGAGUCAAUUUCAUCUCUGUGUUAGAAAUCCAUAGGUUUAUUGAAUAACUUCUUUUCCUUUCGUAUCUGAAAUGUUUUUAUAACUUUUGUAGUCUGUGCCAUGGAACUGAAAUUUUCAAACACCAAAACUGAGGGGGAAGGCAGGAGUUUUUAUUUUAAAAUACUCUCUUCAUUACUUUUUGGUGUAAUGUUCUGUUUUAUAGAUUGCUAGUGCAUGUCCACUAAAUAUAAUCCUGGUUUUUUGUGAUAUAAAUGCUUAGAUUUUAUGGGGAAACUUCUAGGUUAGUUGCAGCAGAACAACAAAUUCCUAUUGUGAUAUCUAAGAUAAUGUUCAGCCCUUUAAGCUAAAGAUCUGUUUGUGAAGCUAAGCCGUGUCUGUCUCUGGAAUGUGUCUGUCUCUUUGUCUGCAGUUUAAAAAAAAAACGUGAGAGAAUGUGAAGCCUUUUUAUUUUCUUGUCAUAGUGAAUUUACUAAAUAUUUAUGUUCUUUAAAUAUAUAUAAUGUAGGUGUUUUGAUUAAACCAUUGAUUGCACUGUGACUUUUUUAGUGCUAUAAAUAAUUUUAAUUUUUCAGAACAACUUUCAUACGCCUUCUGGUUUAAAAACUACAUCCUUUUUUGUUAUGCUAUACUUGUUAGGUAUGGUAACUUGAACAGUUACAGCAUCUGAAACUAAAGUCAUACCUAAUGUCUCACAUUUUAAUAAUAAAGCAAAAAUGCUGUGAACAUAA